UCCUGCUUUAAAGCGAGUCCCGGGAGCUUGCUCCAUGUCUUCGCGCACUGGGCUCCCGGCGCAUGCGCGCACGCCGGUAGCCAGCACGGCAGUGCGGGCAGGGAUAAACAGUGACAGGGCUGGAAUCGCACCGUGCAGUCUGCAAUCUCCGUUCGCCCGGCGUGCUAAUCCACCUGGGGGCAACAUGCAUGCCCGUUGCACGCUUCUGGUGGCCUGAGGCACCGGGUAAGAGCUCAGUCUUCGGCGGGGUUCAGUAUGCAGCACUCUCUGACUCAGCAACCCAGUGGAUUAACCCUGCACGAUUCAGUAGGGUUGUUCAAUAAAAGGAAGAGAGCUUCUCUGCUGGUGAGCGGAGCCCUCCUCAUUGCAUCGGUGUUGAUUCUGACUGUGGGCUUGGCUGCCACUACACGGACCCUGAAUGUUUCAGUCGGAGGAUACUACCCAGGGGUCAUACUUGGUUUUGGAUCAUUUCUGGGACUGAUUGGGUCAAAUCUACUUGAAAAUAAAAGACAGAUGCUGGUGGCAUCGAUCGUGUUCAUCAGUUUUGGUGUAGUGGCGUCUUUCUGUUGUGCCAUUGUUGAUGGUGUAUUUGCUGCCAGACAUAUUGACAUCCGACCUUUCCACGCAGGGAGAUGCCAGUAUUAUUCCAGUGGGACUCCAUACCCUUCAGACGAUUAUAAUGCAGAGGUGACCUGCCCGAGUCAGUCACGUGCUCCCUGCAUACUGAAAAUAAAGAGCAAUACCUGUUACUGUUGUGACCUUUAUAAAUGUGGCAGUCGAGAUACUCUAGGUGGUUAUUACGAAUACAAUGAUGUGGGAAGUUGCCAAGAGGUUAUUCACCUGUAUCACCUGCUAUGGUCAUCAACAAUCCUCAACAUAGUGGGUUUGUUCCUUGGAAUCAUCACAGCAGCUGUCCUUGGAUCCUUCAAAGACAUGCAGACACCAACUGCUUCUCGAAUUACCUAUGCUCCUGACCCUCCACCUCCACCGAUAAUGUAUGAUCCUGGACAACAGGUAUUGGCCUACACAAACUUCUACCCUGGGCCACCCCAUCUGCCACCUUACAGCCCUUAUGAUAUACAGCAUCCCAGUAUAUUCUCCGCUUCAACACCAUCCGAUGAUUCACAGUCUAUUUCACAGUCUGCUUCAAGUUAUAUGUGGCCACCAAAUACUCCACCUCGCUACUCCCCAGCGUACUAUCCACCUGAUGAAAAGCCACCACCUUAUACGCCAUAGAUCUGUCCUUCCUUUCAUUAUCAGCACAGACUUGGUCGAGUUGAAGACCUCUAUGACAAGAGCAGCGGCCACAUGGAUCACUUUGUGACUUCCGUGUGCUUCCUCUCACCACCCGCUCUUGCUGCAGUGAAUUUUUGAGAGAGAAACUUAACUGUACAAAAAACAAACCAUCAGCAUAUCAUCCUGCUACCUAUUGUUAACGGUAUGUUAAUCUUUAUUUGUUGAAAAAUAAUUCACUUAUUACUCAACGUUACAGUGAAUAAAAAAACAAAGAAAAAAACAA